AAUACAGAAGUGCUUUUAUUUUUGUUACAUGAUCUCCAUCGCCGAUGGAACGAGGUUUUAUUUAUUGUCAGUGCCAAAAUAAACGAACUUCAAUGAGAACUAUUGCGAACGAAGUAAACAUGGCCGCGAAACCCUUUCAGCAUUAGCCAUAGCUAUUGUGAAUCGAACAAGCGCGUGAUAUGGCGCAUAACUGACUACUACCGUUACUGAGAAUCAAGAUGAACAUUUUCAUAACACUCGCAAUAUUCCAAUGUGGCCGAUGGGUGGUGAAUAUCGCUUAGGGCGGAAAUGUUGCUCGUAACGAAACAGCAAAUAUUUAGUAUACAAUACUGUUCUCUAAAAGCUAAUGUUGAGUUACUCCGUAUCUGCAUAUCUCACUGCAGGGUUUUUACUUGGUAAAUGGAAUAGCAGUGCAAUGUGGCUUACCUUUGUUUAGAGAGCAACAGAAAUAAAUAAUAAUUCGGUUAUUUAUAAUGAAAACAGCGUCGAUUCACUUGCAGCAACCCAUUAGUUUUAAUUCAUGCGAACCAACACAGGUUCAGGCAGCAAAAGCACAGCUGGAGCUUCAUAACAAAUUGAUAUAUUUUUAUAUUCAUGCAAUGGAAUCCUAUACAUAUAAUGCACUUGAAUUUAUGUAGUCGGUAAGGAGGACUCGAUAGAAUCAACAAAAUCCGUCAAAAUGAUUACGGGUGCGAAGUUAUUUGUGUUAUUUUAGUUAGGUAGUGUGAAAUAUGCUGACUCUGUUCGAUAGAUUUACUUGAAGGCUGUUUCAAUUGAGCUGCAUGACCUCCACAUUUUGCAAUCAAAUAUUUCCAACUACAUAGCCAACAACAACCAAACAAAGUUUGCAAUUCUAAGGCAACUGGAAAAAGCUUUCCAUCGCAACUAAAACUGUUAGGAACUCUCUCUCACACCCUGGUACCUAUUUCCAACGAAGGCUCAGAGUAAAUAGGGUCAUAUCCAAGCAGCUUCCUAUUCAGACAGCCAACAUUUAGUUGAAAAUAGCAGUCGCAUCUGGAUAGAACCGCAUUUCGAACCCUGUAGACACAUUGAUUCUAUAGUAUUUCUGCAAGUUUAUAAUGUGAUACGGUAAAUGUAUAGUAGAUCAUCAUUCAAGUGAAGGAAAAAUGCUGUGUUGGGAAGGAUCUUCUGAUUAUGAAGCAUUCAUAUCGUCUCAGGAACUGCAUAGAGAUACCUUCAUGCACUCCAGCCGAAAAUCGAGUGUCCCGUUGCCUUGGAGUACAACUACCCAUGCAACACACAAUAUGGAACAAAUCUCCGGUCCACCAGCUCGAACCGGGACCUGCUAUCAAACACCUCGUUCUCAUCCGUGGCGACCGACAAUGGGCUACGAAGCAGUACAAGUUACUCCACUCCACGAACAACCGCUUAGCAAUUCAUUGGUGGCCUCUUCCUAUUCUCCAGCGGCCAUGUGCGCCGAUCCAGUUACCUUUCCAAAUCUUGUCACCGGCUUCGAACGAAAUCCCCAACAUGCUGCCCGUGCUGCCCUCUACACCCGUUAUACACCAAACGAAUGGACCACAUCAAACGUCACGACGUACGCCGAUGCGGACAAGAAUCGAAACUAUGCGGAGAAGGUACGAUCGGAAGCGGUUCGACUUAUGCGAGAAACAGAUGAGAAAACCUCCCAAGGUCAGCGAGAUGCAGCAAGGCGUCUAGGAGAACGCAUAACCGACAUCACAUUCUGGAGAAAUGAGUUGGCAACCGAACUAGAAAAACUGAUUGCCGAGUCGGCUCAACUCACAGAUACGAAGCGGAACGUGCAGAAAGCUUUGCAAGAUCUAGAGCCGCCCUUGCACAUCGCUCAAGAGUGCCUGUAUCAUCGCGAAGGGCGUAAAAGUAUCGAGUUGGUACAUGAUCACGUCGAGAAAAGCCUACUUGUUGAGGUGGACAAUCUGCGAUCAUGUCAGGAAAAACUAUCACAAUUGCUGGCAAGAAUCAUUAAACAACUGGCUGAUUGUCGAGCCGCGCAACACUCACUGGAGGAUGACAUCAGCCAUAAGGAAUCAGCCUUGGGGAUCGAUUCAUUGUGUCAUCAGUUGAAUAACUACAGCCGCGGGAUUAAUUACUACGGUGGUAUAGAAAAAUAUGACCCGACUGUUAGUACCCCAAGCACGUGGUCCGGUUCCAGCAGUACUCGCAUUAACAACUCACACUCGGAACGCUCAAAAUCCUGCCAACUACGAAGUGACGCUGAAUCCCUCAUCAAUGCUGUAGCCACAUCUGUUUGGGACUGCUGGAGCAACACAAACAAUGCAUUCAACAACCGAUCAUCUGAAAUGCUCGAAGCAAAGAGUAAAAUGCAAUUGCAUCUACACAAAACUCAGCAAGAGAUUUUCGACGUUGAGAAACAUAUUGAGCUCUUGAGAAAGGCAGUGAACGACAAAUCUAACCCGAUGAGGGUGGCUCAAACUAGACUAGAAGCACGCGCUCACCGUCCGGGAAUUGAAAUGUGUCGCGACAACGCCCAUUUACGUUUGGUGGAAGAAGUGUGCACAAUCCAGGAUUCUGUCGCUACUCUGCAUCGUAAAUUGCAGGAAGCAGAGGCGCAGCAUCAACAAUUGCUUAAAACUAAGUCCCAACUUGAAAACAAUCUCAAGCAGAAAGUGGACGCACUUUUUAUUGAUAGAGAAAAAUGCAUGGGACUCCGUCGAUCCUUUCCAGUAAAUAAUACGAUAAAAUAUUAAAUCUUCGGCAUAUUGUAAGUUGUUCGGAUGUAACUCUUAGCACAGACCUUACCAUGGAUGUACUAUUAUUGUUAUACCAUGUAGAUUAUGCAUAAUAUAGAUAGACAUUUGCUUGCUCUAAACGA